AUGGGAGACUGGAAUAACAGUGAUGCUGUGGAGCCCAUAUUUAUCCUGAGGGGUUUUCCUGGACUGGAGUAUGUUCAUUCUUGGCUCUCCAUCCUCUUCUGUCUUGUGUAUUUGGUAGCAUUUAUGGGUAAUGUUACCAUCCUGUCUGUCAUUUGGAUAGAAUCCUCUCUCCAUCAGCCCAUGUAUUACUUUAUUUCCAUCUUGGCAGUGAAUGACCUGGGGAUGUCCCUGUCUACACUUCCCACCAUGCUUGCUGUGUUAUGGUUGGAUGCUCCAGAGAUCCAGGCAAGUGCUUGCUAUGCUCAGCUGUUCUUCAUCCACACAUUCACAUUCCUGGAGUCCUCAGUGUUGCUGGCCAUGGCCUUUGACCGUUUUGUUGCUAUCUGCCAUCCACUGCACUACCCCACCAUCCUCACCAACAGUGUAAUUGGCAAAAUUGGUUUGGCCUGUUUGCUACGAAGCUUGGGAGUUGUACUUCCCACACCUUUGCUACUGAGACACUAUCACUACUGCCAUGGCAAUGCCCUCUCUCACGCCUUCUGUUUGCACCAGGAUGUUCUAAGAUUAUCCUGUACAGAUGCCAGGAUCAACAGUAUUUAUGGGCUUUGUGUAGUCAUUGCCACACUAGGUGUGGAUUCAAUCUUCAUACUUCUUUCUUAUGUUCUGAUUCUUAAUACUGUGCUGGAUAUUGCAUCUUGUGAAGAGCAGCUAAAGGCACUCAACACAUGUGUAUCCCAUAUCUGUGUGGUGCUUAUCUUCUUUGUGCCAGUUAUUGGGGUGUCAAUGGUCCAUCGCUUUGGGAAGCAUCUGUCUCCCAUAGUCCACAUCCUCAUGGCAGACAUCUACCUUCUUCUUCCCCCAGUCCUUAACCCUAUUGUCUAUAGUGUCAGAACAAAGCAGAUUCGUCUAGGAAUUCUCCGCAAGUUUGUCCUAAGGAGGAGGUUUUAA